UCUCUCUCUCUCUCUCUCUCUCUCCUGACACCAACCAACCAUCCAACCAACCAUCCAACCAACACUUGUUUCAAAAAAGCACCACAGCACCCACCAAAAAGUAGAAUGGGAAAUUGUUUACGCCGUGAAUCCUCCAUGCAAUGGGGCGGCGACGACUGGGGUUCACCGGUGCCGGACCGGUUUUUCUCUGCCAAUACAAGACAUGGAAGCAGCAGGAGUGAGAAAGUCAUGAACGUAGAAGAGGAGGAGCUUUAUGGAGACAACAAACAAUUAUUAUCUUCAACGUCGUCAAGCACAGAAGUAAAAUUCAAGAUUACAAAGAAACAGCUUGAGGAGUUGCUGGGUAGGAUUGACAUGAAAGAAUUAUCAGUAGAACAGGUAUUAGCCCAGUUGAUGAUGAGCGUCGGCUCUGAUCGAUAUGAAUCGCAUCAACGGUCGUGGAGGCCUAAUCUGCAGAGCAUUCCCGAGUGAUAGACGGCGGCGACGAUCAAUAAGUUUCAUAAUAUUAUAUACUCAUGCGUGUAGAAUCGAUAUCUUUCUGCUCCAUUGGAUGAUGUAUAGCUUGUCUGUAUAUGGUUUUAUUUUGUAGGGAAGAUUCAUAGAUCAAGAAAAAUGGAGCUCCAAGCUAUGUUCAUUGUAUAUAAAAUUUAUAGAAAAACAAUAGCUGGUUUUUGAGUUC